AUGGAGAAACCCAGUCACAACAAUAAUGUCAAUAACAACUUUAGAAGUCUCAAAGAAAUCAGUGAUAAAGCUAGGACGUCACUCGGAAGUGGCGCUCAGGACCCUCGCCCGAGUCCUAUGGAGAAAAUGCGAGGGCUACCGAGGAGUGAACUGUCUCGGUCAAAGAAGUCUGUUCGAAUUGGGUCUCUGAACGUAGGAUCGCUUACUGGGAAGUCCCGAGGGAUCGCUGAUCUGAGGAAGCGCAGGAACAUUCAAGUCCUAUGCCAUCAGGAGACCCGCUGGAAAGGGCCAAAGGUCAGAGAAAUCGGAGAGGGUGUCAAGCUCUUCUACAACGGAGUAGACACCCAACGAAAUGGCGUGGCCAUGGCUGUGGCGGACUCCUUUAAAAACUCUGUCUCCACCGUCAGCAGAAUCAGCAGUCGAAUCAUGGCUGUGAGGAUACACACAAAGGACGGGUACUGGGCAAUAAUAUCCGUGUAUGCCCCACAGGUCGGCUGCCCUGUCGUCGAAAAGGAUGAGUUCUAUCUGAAUGAGAGAGGAUUCUUGAUCUAG